AAAGAUCAAAUAAAUAAAUUUUUAGAAAACUUUGUGUUCAUUUCUAACAUUUGGUUUAUUUGGGGGGAGAAAUUUCAAUAAUAUUUUAAUAGCAACCGCAAUUUUCUUCGUAAUGUUCACAAGCAGUGCCAAACGCAAGACGCCGGUUGAACGUAAGGAUAUAUACAGUUUACGGCCAUUACCGACCAGAGGAACAUACAGAAGAAAUCCAGACGAAGAUUUUGUCUUAAACGGAAUCAAAAGUAGAAUCAAAGCCAGAGGAAAGUCAGAGCGAACCAACGGUGUAAUGACCUUUGACAGAUCCGUUUCGUUUAAGGAGACGGAUAAUAUUUUGAAUGGAGAUAUAGAUCAAAACUUUGACAGCAUCGGCGAGGGAUCUGAGAGCACGACGGAUGAAUUUAAAGACACGGUUGAGUCCGAACUAGUUCGACUUAAAGAUGAUGUUAUUCACGUUGUCCAUCCUUUAGAAACAUCUUGGUAUCUCAACCCUCUACAUAAACCUCGAAAUAAUGAUUUUGAUAUGGUUGAUCUUGAAAGAAAGAGUCCUUUACAAGCAUCUGUGAUAAAAGCUGAAAGGCAAGGCUCUCUUUACCCAACUCCCAAGGAAGAUGUGGAAAAGAUACCAAUAGACUCCUUCGAUAUUUCCAUGUUUUGUAAUGCAGCAUAUGAUAUGAUGAAAUCAAGAUCGUUGACUUCUUUGACAAGUCCCUACCAAUACAAGCUGGCUAUGUUAAAAAUGGAGAGUUUGAAACUCGAAGAAGACAGACUGCUUCAGAAAAAAACACUUUCUGAACUAGAAAGAAUCCGUGGGCCAUCACCUCGAUGGUACGAAAUGAAAAGCUCCGGUUUUCAUGUUGAACUCAGAAAAAAUAACCAAUAUCUUGCUUCAAAAGGUCGUUAUAAAGAAAUUACGGACUAUAGGCAUCGCUUGUUGCAGUCACUAAAAAGAUCAGAAACACCAUAAUUAGUAUUUUGAUAAUUUAUUUUUAAUCUAAAAAGAUUCCAAUAAGUUAAGUUAAAAAAUUAAAUAGUUACAAAUUUUUUUUUGCUUUUGCAAAA